AUGCUCACUAAAGAGUGUAGUGCAUUAAUCCAAAAAGGGCUUCCACCAAAACUCAAGGACCCUGGGAGCUUCUUCUUACCUUGCACCAUUGGAAAUAUAACCAUUGAUAAGGCACUGUGUGACUUAGGAGCCAGCAUCAAUCUAAUGCCCUAUUCUAUGAUGAGAAGGCUAUGUAUAGAGGAAGUAAAGCCUACACAUAUAUCACUGGAGCUUGUGAAUAAAUCAUUGGUAUUUCCCAAAGGGGUGAUUGAAAACCUUUUGGUCAAGGUGGAUAAGUUCAUAUUCCAAGCAGACUUUGUGAUCUUGGAUCUAGAUGAGGAAGGAGGUGAUUCCAUUAUACUGGGAAGACCGUUCCUGGCUACAGCAAGGGCCAUCAUAGAUAUUGAACAAGGAGAAUUAACUUUGAGGGUAAAUGAUGAGAAGAUCACCUUGAACGUCUUCCAAGAAGCCCAGCAUACUGUUGAGGAGAAGAGUUGCAUAAGAGUUGAAUAA